AUUACCCAUUAGACUAAGGAUGGAUGUGUUUGUGUAUGGAUUGCUUCUUUUAACACUGUUUAAAUGCGUGGUAUCAAAAUCACCACAUAUUGUGUUUAUUGUGGCAGAUGAUUUGGGAUGGAACGAUGUAGGAUUCCGUAAUCCGGCUGUUAUUUCUCCUAACAUAAACUAUCUAGCAAAGCAUGGGAUGAUAUUGAACAAUUCUUAUGUACAACCAGUCUGUUCUCCGUCAAGAAGCGCCUUUUUAUCAGGAUUUUAUCCAUUCAAAUCAGGAUUACAGAAUUUUGUCAUUGGACCAGAGGCGCCAUCAUGUGCACCUCUUAAUCAAACACUUCUGCCACAGAAACUGAAAGAGCUUGGAUAUGCAACACAUAUGAUUGGAAAAUGGCAUUUAGGAAUGUGCAAAUGGGAAUGUACUCCGACAUACCGUGGAUUUGAUACAUUUUAUGGAUAUUAUAACGGAAAAGAAGAUUACUAUAACUAUACAAUUUUAAAUGGGUCAGAUUUCCGUGAUAAUAAAGAACCAAUACGACCAAACGAAUACUCUACGUAUGCCUAUGCCCGACGAGCAGACAAAAUCAUCACUCAACAAAACAAAAGUCAACCAAUGUUCUUGUACCUUCCUUUCCAGUCAGUUCAUCAACCAAUAGAGGUUCCUGAAAUUUACGAAAAUAUGUACCAAGACAUAAAGAAUGAAGGAAGACGAAAAUUUUCGGGAAUGGUAACAGCAAUGGAUGAUGCCAUUGGAAAGGUAACAGAUUCACUGAAGCGUAACGGAAUGUUUGAAGAUACCCUGAUCAUAUUUACUUCAGAUAAUGGUGGUUGGCCAAUCUAUUCUGGGAAUAAUUACCCACUGAGAGGGAGUAAGGCAACAGUAUAUGAAGGAGGAACUCGGGCUUCAGCUUUCGUAUACGGUUCGGGACUUCAGAAACCUAAUACUGUUUUUGACGGUAUGAUUCAUGCUGUGGACUGGAUGCCAACAAUUCUCUCUGCUGCUGGAGGAGGUCAAGUAAGUGGAAUUGAUGGUGUGAAUUUGUGGCCAAGCAUAAGUGAUGGAGUUCAAUCCUCCUUAAGGUCGGAGUUCAUCUAUAACCUCGACGAUUCUGUAGUACCUUAUAUUGGGCGUGCUGCUAUUAGAAUGGGUGAUUACAAGUUAAUAGAAGGAUUUGCUGGUGCAUGGAAUGGCUGGUACCCUGUUCCUGAGAACGAGGAAGACGCUAAAAUAGAUGAACCAAAAGUAGCCUACUAUCAGUUGUAUAACUUGAGAGAUGAUCCUUAUGAACACAAUAAUUUGCACACCAAAGAGCACAGCAUGUUAGAAAAGAUGAAAGAAAGGCUUAAUGAAUACAGGAAAUAUAUAGUGCCACCUCUAACAGAGAAACCAGACCCUGCAUCGAAUCCAAACAAUUAUAAUGGUUACUGGACACCUGGGUGGUGUUAGUGUUUAUUGAUAAAAACCUUAGAUUAAAGAAAUUAUUAAAAAGAUCUACACACUA